UCUCAUCUGUUGGAAUACGGAAUUCAAAUGAGUUUUUGAUUCUGCAUUUGCAAUCGAGCUUUUCUAGAGUGAAGUCGUUUCGUUUCGGCGGUCUGUAAAAUUGAUAAGAAACGUGAAUCAUUAGGUUUUGCCUACUUUAAACAGAGGCUUACAAAAUUCAGAGAAUUCUUCUUUAGUGAAAAUACGUAAAAGUUUGGGGUUUUGUUUGUGCUGCAUUUGGCUGUGAAAUCUUUAAAAAUGUUACAAAGUCUACUUUGUAUGAAUCUUCAUACGGCCGGCAAGGUUAUUGGUUCUGUGGGGACUGCUGUAUCCUUCGUGGCCAUAAUUUUCCUUUCCACGGUUGUUGGGCAUGAUGUUGCUUUAAGUAGACUGGCGCUUCAAGAUUAUGACUAUAACUCUGGAGUUUGGUUGAUUUUAACUGUGUUGUUUUUCUUUAGCUCCAUUUUGCUUAUAAUGGGCACCAUGCAGAAUAAGCACUUUUUGCUAUUACCCUGGCUGCUUAUUACUGGAUUUUUCAUAAUAACGUUUGCCCGUGUUGCAUUCCCACUUUAUUUCAAACUAAUGAUGCCAAAAACUUUUCGAGUGCAAAUGAUGUGUAAUGUUGUUAUUGGUAUGAUAUUGGCACUAAAAAUGUACGUCUACUAUGGUAUUUGCUCUCUCGUCUAUCAUAUUAGGCAAAUUCGCGCUGAAGGACAUUCGGAAACUUUACAAAAUAAAAAUUUUUAUUCUAGCAACCUACAGGAUACUGGCUUUUAUCCGAUCGACGGUUAUCCAUAUUAUAGCAAAAUGUAAUUUAGUCAUUUUUACAAUACUAUAUUUUUUUUUUAAAUGCAAUGAUUCCUUGUAGCCAAUA